CGUGUGUCGGGGCCAAUGGGUGAGACGGGUCUCCGCGCGUGGAACGGAGGUUGGCCAAUCAGAGGGCGCGACCACGCGGGGAGGAGGAGGGAGAGAGGCGAGGCGGGGCUAGUUCUGGCUGGGCCCCGCCGCCCAGAGCCGAGGUGGAAUGCAGUAGCUCUGUGGGCGUGGGACAUUGUGGUUGAUAACUGUGCCAUCUGCAGAAACCAUAUUAUGGAUCUAUGCAUAGAAUGUCAAGCAAACCAAGCAUCGGCUACAUCUGAAGAGUGCACGGUUGCAUGGGGUGUCUGCAAUCACGCUUUCCACUUCCACUGCAUCUCUCGCUGGCUCAAGACUCGCCAAGUAUGCCCACUGGACAACAGGGAAUGGGAGUUCCAAAAGUACGGACACUAGAGAUGAUCACCAUACUUCGUAUGUUGUCAGCCUCUGUUGUUUGUGUCACUAUGGAUUUGUCUUGGUAACUCAACAAAUCACUAAUGUAUACAUUCUUCUUUAAUCUUAAUUUUGCCCUAUUGUGUACCAUUGAAUAAAAUCUUGCAGGAGCUCCCCAUCUAA